AUGUCGUCCAUUUCGUCCAGGCCGUUAACGUCGCUUGGCGACCUGCAGCUGCACGAUCGCGCCUCCAAGCCGAUCAACGCGGCGGCCUACUUCGGAGUGAACUCGGUGAGCGGCCAGUUGAGUCUGACGAGAGCCUUGGAGCCGACGGACAUCGGACGCAUCGUACGACUGACCCUGACCGCCUCCGACAUGGCCGAAGUGCCGCUCGAGAGCACCACGAGCCUCUACGUGCUCAUCGACGACUCCGUGCCUCAGAGCCAACCGGACGAUGAGACCUCGCAGGAGGGCGCAUCUUCUCGAGGCGCCGACUUCUCGUUCGCGGGACUCACUUCGCUCGGCAGCAGCGGCUCCAUCAUCAACUUCUACAUCAUCAUCGCCAUCGUGGCGGCCAGUUUCCUCAUCUGUACCGUCCUCUUGACGGCCAUCUGCGUCGUUCUGCGUCGAGCUCGCCCCGACGCUGGAAUGAGUAACAUGCAGGCUGGCCUGAGGGCCGCGGAUUUGGCGUCGGCGUCGGCGACAGCAACGGCGACCGCGACCGCGACGGCGAUGGCAACCUGCGGACCGACGACUCCGGGCGCCGAUCUCAUCCCAAAGGGGGCCGCCUGCUUCGCUGGGCUCGGCGCCCCUAGAAACGGUCUUCUGCCCCUCCACACUGACGCAGACGGACGCUCAGUCGCCUACUAUGACGCAAAGUCGACCGUUUUGGGUAAGCCAGGCGGAGCGAAAGGGCUUCUGAAGACCUUCACCACAUUUACCACCUCGCUUGUCCUCUCGCUUGUCUAG